AUGAGGAGCCCAAAGGGAGAAGAACAGGAGAAGACUCAGAAGGAAUUCAUAGAAGAGUUGAAGGUGAUGGAGGGAGAACUUGGAGACAAGCCCUACUUUGGAGGUGACAAUUUUGGGUUCUUGGAUUUGAGUUUUAUGCCAUUCUACAUCAGGUUUAAUGCGAUAGAGACCUUAGUCAAUUUAAGCGUAGAAGCAGAGUACCCAAAGUUGAUUGCAUGGGCCAAGAGGUGCUUGCAGAAGGAGAGAGUGUCCCAAUCCCUUCCUGAUUCACUCAAGGUCUAUGAUUUCGUUUCUCAAAUGAGGAAGAAAUUUGGUGUGGAUUAG